UCGAAUUCAUGUUCGUAGUCCUUUCUUGCGUCACACGUAAAUCAGCAGGCGCCAAGGAAGGUAUUAGCUCAGUGUCAGUUUUAAACGAAUCCGAAGUGUACCAGACUCGGUCAUAUUCGUGUACAACAAUUGCAUAGCUUGUGUAUGGCCCGCGCCAGGGGCCACGGGUGAGGGCGGGAGGCGGGUCGUGGCGGAGGGCAGCUGUCUCGAGCACGGGGCGACCUCUCGAGCCUCGCGCGACGGCCUGCGUCCCCCCACGCAAAUAUACACUACCAAAGUGUUGACAGCCUUUCUCUUACUCACCGCCGACCCUAGGGAGCUCAUAAACACUGUUUAUAUAUUGCUUCUCAAUCAUUAAUGUUUAUCCAAGAUACUUGGGUAAAGUAUAACGCAGUGAAGUUGCUGUAUUAUCCAGAGAUAUAGAGCGUUUACCUAAACUUACUCGUCACAGUCUGGCAGUGUUUUGUUCGUCUCAGAGUGGUUGUUCCUUUCACCUUCCAUCACCUCACUAUCCUGGAGUCUUGGAGACCGUUUGGGCGCCACAGAAAACUUCGCAACCAGUUCCCUCCAUUCUUCCUGGUUCUCAGGCGCUCUUCGGCAGCUGGUGAGUGCGAGACAAGUCCAUUCACUGAUAUUGUCCUCCCACGUUUAUUUUCUGACUCCCAGUUCCACCCAUUCCUUAUGUCGUUGGUGAUUCAUACGUGGCCCUUCACUGCUUCACUUUUUCUUUAUUUUUUUCCGAUUACUUAAGAUCUCCUUCUACGCGGUCGGUGAUGUCAGACUCUGGGAUGCCAUUAAUAAUUUGAUUCUUCCUCCGCGAGCAACCUUUUAAGGCGGCUAGAACUGCCUCAGUGGUGAUGCAAGGAAGACUGAAAUACUCUCGCUUUCUUGUUCCAUGAAGAGUUUACCGAACAUGAAAUUUCUUUACACAUGUUUAUCAGUUCAUUAAUAUCACUAUUUAUUCAGGUUGUUCGUCAGUCAGUUACAUAGACGAUUAGUAAGUCGUUCAUUUCUCCAUUCAUUAAUCAAUCAACUUACAAGGUCACAAUUUAUCAUUAGGAGGGAGGUCAGUUUUGCGGCAGAGACGACAGUACAGCGGAGCACAAACCCUUCAAGGAAAAGGUAUGCUUACAGAAAUGAACCUUCAGCCCUGUGUUCCGUCACCAAUACAGAUGAAGGUGCAAAAAGGUAGUUAAAAAAAAAUCGACAUCAAUGAAAAUGGGAGCUUUUGUUUCGUCUGUGUGAAAGUAACAUCUUUUUAGGGUGUUUCAUCUGGUGUUUAUGCUUCAAGGUUUGCAGCCAAUGGGAGGACUGGCAGUGGAUCCAGGUCAGAUGACGACAGUGACGGCGGCCGAAUCACGAGGAGCAACCAGUCGACGCCACGCCCACGGGCCGCCGGGGUGGGAGUCCCUGCGACCUUCCCGCCGCGACGCAGAAUCGCCUCCGCCACCGCUCCAUGCACACCGCCUCGCCAGUGACGAGGGAGCAGUGAGUUGACGCCGGAGUUGACCUUUAAGACUUCACGGCAACGAUCCGACACUUGGGGAGACGAUGCUGGAGGAUAUUUUGGGUACAAGCACGGCGGACGCGCGAGUUAAAGACUAGCACCGCAUAGUCUGCUCGUUCAGCACGGCGCCAGCGUGGCCAAGGCUGAGUGAGGCAAAUGGCAUGUGAAGGCACGAUCGGGCACCUUGGAAGCUGUUUACCCACGUGCUGACCGAAGAACCGUCAAGAUGGCUCUUACUGGCCCUGGCGCGUCACCCUGCCUUUGGAAUCCUACAAGUGUUACCUAACUAAUGACUCUCCCGGACACUUAUCUGCUGCAACGCAAAGCAAAUUAAUUGAAUAACUUGUGUAGUGUGAAUCAGUGUUUGGUAAUGGUCAGUUUUCGUGCCUCAGCAAUACUGGCGGCUUUGUUGACGUCAGUGGUAGACUCUCAAAGCAGUACUGGAAAUGGCAAGUCGCCCCCCGCCCCCACAGAUGUGCGUCCGCUGCUGGGGAAAAAGAGUGCGGCGCAAGUGUCGGACCGGAAAAUAAUAGUGAAGGAUCCUACCCCGGCGGUUCUGUCUGAAGUGGUGAGGCGGAUGGGGGGCGGUCCGAAAGGCCAUUGUCACGUUCUUCUUUAUUAUGACCCCAAAACUGCUCCUCCCGACAAGGUAGAGAGUCUCAAAGCUGCUCUGGGCGUGCCUAUAACACUUGUUGACGUGUCUCGCCUCUCCUUCCCGCUCAUCACCAUGAAGCGACGUCGUGUGCCACUCGUUGACUUGCUCUCGCGCCGCCCUGACAACCGCUGCCGCCUUCUCCUGUCCUGGGCCUCUUCUAACUACCAGCGCGGCCUGCUGCUGAUGGCCCAGUUCGAACCCGGAGUAAUAAGACCUACAGACACCCUCAUCUUUGCUGUCAGCGAUCAGCGCCUCGACCACUUCAUGCCCCAGCUGCGGCGCCGUGUGUUGAUCAAGAAGGAGGGAACAAAACAAGCAGGCCGAGGACGGAGGGCUGCCGGUAUACCGGAAUUUCAAGUAGAGGCGUCGUGCGAGUUUUGCUCAAAAUAUUCGCUGCACCGGCUGGGGCAGUGGCAGUACCCGGUGGGCUGGUCCUGGGGAGACGCCAAAGAAUUGCGCCGCAAUGGCCUCCUGGGGAUGACCUUCACCGUCUCCUACACGCCGUCGGUGCCCAACAUAUUCCCGGUGCCGGAGGGCAACAAGCAGCGUCUAGAGGGCGUCGAGUUGCGACUACUGGAAUACGCAGCGGCGGCCCUCAACUUCAGCUAUCGUCUAGUGAUUCCGGAAGAUGGCGAGUGGGGCCGACCCAUCAACGGGACGUGGACGGGCAAAGUGGGACAAGUGUUGAAGAGACAAGCGGACCUGGCGGUGGGCGGAUUGGUGUACACGAAGGAGCGCGGUGAGGUGGUGAAAUACUCUGACCUCUUCCACAACGAACUGUGGGGCAUUGUGUGUCCCCUGCCGGUCCGCCUGCCCGUGUGGCCCUACAUCAUGUUUCCCUUCAGAACAGACGCGGCGCCCUCGGUGUUCAGCUUGAUGGUCGUGCUGCACGUCAUGGCCUUCAUGGUGAGCACGAUAGUCGGGGGACAUGAACGUCAACAGGCCCAGAACCCUUUGGCUGAGUCCCUGGCUAGAGUAACACGCGCCGGCGUGUCCUUGUACCUGCGGUUCAUGGCGUGUCUUUACUUUUGGAACCUCUUUUUCUGUCUCAUGAAGCCCAUCUACGAGCCCCCCGUAGACAGCGCCGCCGCCCUGCUGCGUUCUGGACGGAGCUGGGGCGUGGUCACGGGCACCACCGUCACCCGGGUGUUGUCAGAAUCCCUAAACGACGUUUAUCGGGAGUUAGAAGUUGGAUCCAUCACCCUUCACUCCAUUACUGAAGGUUUCCAACGCCUCAGGAAAGAGGGGAUAUGUCUGGUGGGUGUGCCAAAGCGUUACUCUACCGCCACAGUGGCCAUGCAGCACACCACCAAGUGCGGGGAGCCGGGGCUACAGACCAGCACAGAGGACCUCCACUCCGUCCUGGGUGGGUGGGUGCUGCCGUACGGGUCGCCUCUCACCCCAUAUUUUGAUAACAUCAUUGGCCGCCUGAAGACUUUUGGCAUCUUGGAGCUGUGGCGGAAGGAGCUUCACACGCUGCUGCUCACACGUGGGCCCCGCGACCUACCCUGCCACAACCCCCCUCUCUCCGCCCUCACCGUCUCCGACCUGCGCCUCACGUUUUUCAUGCUUUUGGGAGGAUGGGGCUUCGCUCUAUUUAUAUUCUUAGGUGAAAUUAUAUUAGUGGGCUUGGUUCAAGAACCCAUACGAGAGAACCAAAAUGUGCGAGUCAACACUCCCAGCAACUCCCAGGACCCGCCCCCCAACCCGCCAUCCUCGCCGGCCACACACCUGCGGAGGCUGCUCACCACCCUCGUGGGUCCUGUCACUGCUUUAAAUAUCAGUUCAGGGAACGCAAAUUUCCAGAGGCAGCUCAAUUCUGCCUUGAGAGAUAUCUAUGGGGUCCAAACAGCCUGAGAGGAGUCCCCAGGGGAGGGGGCAGUUUGGCCCUCACCCCUGGGGUACCCAGAGAACCAAUCCGACGGCCCCUCAGACGUCUUCACAAUCCGUCAGCGCCGCCAAGGAUCUGAAGGGGAGAAUACCUCAGAGACUCUGCAGGAGGCGGAGGACCUGUAUCACAGUGAACCGCUGAGGGACGUGACUCAGAGCUUUAAAGUGAUAACGCCGCGCACCCCAUCCCGCCCUGGCGACACCACCCUCGUCAAGCCGGCCUUCCCAAAGGCAGAGCCACUCUGCCGUCCUCUGAGUGCUCGUGACACAACCCCCGAAGUUUCGAAACUUUCAGUUCCUAAAAGAAUUUUAGCCAUCCCCGCCAUCAUCUCUGCAUUUUUCCAGCGACGUUCAGACCCUUCAGAAGACAAUGUUCCUAAAUCCGUUCAGGCGGCAGAAGUCCAGGAUCACGAUGGGCCGUCAGAGAAUGAAAUCAGGAUGGACGGGAGUUGCAACCUUUCCCGCCCUAGCAACACAAAACUCGACAAGCCAGCCUUUCCCAAGGGGGAGCCCCUCUGCCUGCCCCUGAAUAUUCCCGACUCAUCCCCCGAAAUGACAAAAGCCUCGCCUCCCAGACCGUCGACUCCUCCGGCGUCUGAUCUCUCUCCUCGCCCUCACCCUCAGCUCCCCGCUGCCGCCCUCAAGUACGUGGCAACAACCACCGAUCUUGAGAACGACACUGAGCUUGAUGAUCAGUGACCCGGUGGGUGAAAACUGGUCGUUUCCUUUUCCUCCUCUUCUGAACACCUUGCACACGCAGCACCGUCCCGCGCACAGCACGUCUUGGGCACAGCACUACAACCCCGCCACCAGGUCUGGCUCUCACAGAACAGUUCUCGCACAUGGCCCCUUAGCGUGUGGUCUACAAGCAUCUAGCAGCAGAGGAAGGCGGCGUCCACCUCAGCACUACAAGCCUUCACUUAACGUAAAAAUAAACAGAUAAGCAAACUCGCCGUGAAAGGAACGAAGAUUAAGUUGACAGUAGACGAGAAGAAAGCCACGAAUACGGGUUUCUAUGGGAAUUUAGUGAUAUAGAAUAGUAUUGAGCGUGCUAUAGAGUGUUUUAAUAGAGUGUAAAGCAUCGCGGGACAAGAAAGCGUUGGAAGACAAUUAGGAAGUUUAUUGUGCCCUUUAGAAUAUGAAUAUCGCUCUUAAAGAAUUAGCCCAAGUGAUGUUGAUUAGUUUUAGGGUAUAACAGAAUCCGUAUACCAGGAAACGAAGGGCAAGAUCGUGUUGGAAGAUAAGUUUAUUUUGCCCUUUAAUAUAUUAUCGCCGAUUUAGAUUUAGAUUUAGUGUACAAUGGCAAGUUUGUACCAGGAGAUAACGCAGAACAUUUGUGACCUGAUAACGAGCUCAUUCAUCUACUCUACAGCUUACUAGUGAUAGUCUUUAGCUUAUUAUAUAAAUGCUCACCAUCCCUCCUAUAUGUGCUGGUGGGCCUGUACUCGAUGCGCAAAACGCCUCAUCUCCAUUACCUCAUGUAUUCCUCACAUGUUACUCAUUGUGAGUCUUUAUAUACAUCUAUAUUAUACAUAUUCAUGCCGUGUAAACCCGUUAUAGAGGAUUAUAGAGUAUAUUAAAUAUUACUGUUAUGCUUA